AAAAACGUGUUUUCUUUUUUGGAAGAAUACUAAUGUGUUCAAAAUCUCCCUCAUGACUACGCGUGUGCUGGCGUGUGCAGUGUGAACGUCAGCGAAUACUUGGCCUCCAUGGUGCGCACCUUGUUAGUGUUAUGAUACAUAUAAUUACUCUUGGAACAUGCAUCUACACUGCAAUUUAAAUAUAGCGCCUUUUCAAGAUCACAAACUGGUAGAAGAGGGGAACACUAUUAUCGAAUCGAGAGCUUCGGUAUAACUUUAAUUUUUAGUAUUGAAGCUCUCGAUUGGAUAACAGGGUACUUCUCUCACUCCAAUUUGUGACCUUUUAGGGACACUACGUUUAAGUUGGAGUGUAUACAUCAAGUCGAAAGAGACGUAUACAGAAGAUACAGAAGUGCCAAAACGACCCUGCCCAUACGUGUAGGGAACAAUGGCGUUGAAAAUUUUCGUAUUUUCCUUCCUGUGCCUAGCACUCUUAGAGAGUGGCUUUGGAAGGAUCCACAAACUUGAAAUGAAGAAUGAAGCACGUCGUUUCAUAUCAUUAAGCACCUUUGGUUUUUUCCAAGGUGGCUUGUUGGAUGUUAAUUUAACCAAUUUCCAUGCUAAUCCUUUCAACGAGAAAGCUGUGUUUGGAUUUAGUUUAGAUCGCACAUUAAGUGAUGCAAUGAAUCCCUAUUUGGAUAGCCAUCAGGAUGGUUGUCUGCUGCAGCAGCCUCCAAAUCAAGAACCAAGUGGUGCUGUAGCAUAUUUUACUUUGGAUUUACAAAAUAAAUUGUUAAGAGUGAACUGUAGUCAUGAACUGCAAAGUAUACAUAUAUAUAAAAGUCAAAGCGAUAUUCCUCUCUUCCGCCCUAAGCGAGCUAAUGGAAUGUCUAUUAGUCAUACAAACCUAUUUAGCCAGAGACGUCGAAGGAGCACAGGGACAACUAGUACUCAAUUGACUUGUUCACAGCAAAUCCGCAUUAGUAGCAAAGUAAUUGAAGGAGUUAACUAUUAUAAUGCAAAUUUUGUGAUGUUUGUUGCCACUGAAAGAGAAGAGGGAUUGUACAAUUUAUACUUCCAUAAUUGCCCCAAUUACGAGGAGAAGUCUAAGCCAGUGUUAUUAGAUUUUACAAUUUCAAUAGAAGAAAAGAAUGGUGAAAACUACCUUUCUGCUGGAGAAAUGCCAUUGCCUGCAUUGUAUUUUAUGAUGGCACUCUUAUUUUUCCUGUCAGGAUGCUUCUGGGUGUUUAUUCUUAGAAAGAGCAGGCAUCCUGUGUAUAAAAUACAUUACUUGAUGGCAGUUCUAGUCUACUUGAAGUCCCUGUCUUUAUUAUUUCAUGGAAUUAACUAUCACUUUAUCCAGACUAAAGGUGAACAUGUAGCUGCUUGGGCUAUUCUGUAUUAUGUGGCUCACUUACUAAAGGGAGCAGUACUGUUUAUUACAAUUGUUCUUGUUGGCACUGGAUGGACAUUCAUCAAGCACAUUCUUUCUGAAAAAGAUAAAAAGAUUUUUAUGAUUGUUAUUCCCCUCCAGGUCUUAGCCAAUGUUGCUGAAAUCAUAAUCGAAGAAUCCGAAGAAGGAACCGUAGAACACCACACUUGGCGGGAUGUUUUUAUUUUAGUGGAUUUAAUUUGUUGCGGUGCAAUUCUGUUUCCUGUUGUCUGGUCCAUUCGACAUUUGCAAGAAGCUUCUCACACAGAUGGUAAAGCUGCUAUCAAUCUGAGGAAACUAAAACUGUUUCGCCACUUCUAUAUCAUGAUUGUGUGCUACAUCUAUUUUACUCGAAUAAUUGUAUACCUUCUGAAGAUUACAGUGCCUUUCCAAUAUGAGUGGCUGGAUGAAAUGUUCAGAGAAAUGGCAACUUAUGUGUUUUUUGUUCUUACUGGUUACAAGUUUAGACCAGCAUCUGCUAAUCCAUAUUUCCAAGUGACUACUGAAGAUGAUGAUGAAGAUAUGGAUGUUGUGGUAAGCCAAUCAGGUCUAACUGAAGGUUUGAGUAAGAUUGCUCGUACUACCAAAGUGAUGGUGGAUGAACCAUCUGAUGAAGAGAAGGACAAUCUCCUCGCUAAACGAGAGAGUAGUCAUGAAUACGAUUGAUUGUCAAAAAACAUUUGGGAUUUUGAAACUUGCAACUCUUGAUAAGAUUUGAGUCUUGUGCACAGGUGUUGCUGAGAUGACAUAAGGAGUGAGAUUUUAGAUUUUUUUUUCUUUCUUUUGUAGAUUCGUUAUUGAUAAUUUAAUUGUUUUAUCUUAGGCCCCUAAUAUAUUGUAUAUUUCAGAAAUCUUGUCAUUAAUUUAAAUGAAACUAUUUUCUUGUAAAUAGCAUGUUUUUAUAAUCAUGAUUUUAUAGUGAAAAGUAUUUGAAAUUUGUGUAUGACAAGGUAGACUACCUUCAAGAGCGAGACUGUAUUGUAAAAUGCGUUAGAAGUUAAUUCUUUACUUUUUGUUCUGAAGCACUAAACACAUUUUUGUUAUAUAUGUUGCUGCGCCGUGAAUGUUUGUUGAUGCCUGGGUGUGCUUAAGUAAUAUUGGUAAUUGAGAAUUUGAAUAUUUGAUCACUAUUGAAUCUAUAAUCCACACUCUGAAGAGUGUAUGUGAUAAAAGCCUAGAAUAUACCAUGUGUCUUGAUGCAUUUACAUGCAUUUUGAUGUCCUCUAGAUCAAUGUCUUAUAUAUAAAUAUGUGUGCGUGUGUGUGUAUGUGAGAUAAAAUAGUAAUCCUUAUGUAAUUUAUUGCUUUUGUGUUGGUGGAGCCUACAAUACAAACUAGGUGAUUCUUUGGAGUUACCACUGUUGACUGAUGUAUGUUUGUACUUCUUGAAAUGUAGCAAUCUUGAACUGUGCUUGUAUCUAUUUCCUUGUAGGGUAAAAUAAAUGAUCAUAUGUUCACGUUAAGUUGCUUCUAAGGAUUCAUCUCAUGUCAUAUGAAGACACAUACUCUGUAUAAAAUGUGUUGUAAUAAAGUCCUUUCCGAAAUAUCUAAUCCU